AUCCGACUUGAGUGGUACACAGGCGGUCGUGACACUCCGUUUAUCCCAAAUAGUAAAUUCCCCUGAUAUAAAAAAAUAAACACAAAACAAAACACAAUCGCGCAGCGAUCCCUCACAACCUGGGACACUCGAAUGUUUAUCCACAAUAAUUAAAGUGGAACAAGUCACCAACCGGCCCAUGUUAAUCGCUAUACCCGACGGUGAUAAACAAAGAUAGAUUAACCGAAUAAAGAUAAACGUGACAAGAGAUACGAUGGCCGCCAACGGCGCGCGUCAAGUUCACGUCAGUGCUGUAUCCUCGUUAUUUCACAGUGUAGCGUGUCAAUUUGUGCUCGUGUCUUGGCCACCAUUACCCCUGUACACGUCGUGCGUGUGUCUGUUUCGUUUAUACUGAGAGUCAAGUGGAUAUUUUAAAUCACAGUGGGGAAAAAUAACGAGAAACGUGGGGCCCUUUUUGUGUGUGGAAUGUAUGUGUGCGCAAGCGGUUAACGCCCGGGAUAAAAAAAAAAAUAAUAAAACGAGCUGCGUGUGGACAGCAUCGACACGAUAACACUCGUGUUUGUUUAGUAGUUUCUUUUUUUUUUUUUUAAUUAUUUUACUUUAUUUUUUUUCUCGUGCAUUGCCAGUGGGUUUUGUUGGUCGCAAGGAAUUUGUGCGUCAAGUUUGACGGAGAUUCAGUGGCUCGUGCAGCAGUUUUAACGUGUCCGUCGGCACAUGCCGGUACGUGUUUAUCGUGCAACUGGAGGCUGCAAUUUUUUUCAACCGUCUGUCUUCCUAAACUAGCGUUACAGUGCUCUUUGGGGGUUCUUGGAAUCACAAUUUUUUUCAGUGAUAUCGGGUAACAUUUUCGGGGCAAUCGUACAGUGAAGUGUGUUAGACCGGUUGUAACAGUGGGGGAGAGGGGAUUUUUAAACGGGUGAAAAAUUGGAAGACGAUAACCUGCCAGCGGUGGUGCGCUAACGCCCGAUCGGUCCCGUCGGACGGUCGGAGCGCGUAACAAUAAUGCCGCACGUGAGCAGCAAUGGCGGUGGCGAUGAUCUCUGUAGUGAAGAUGAGGUCAAGGUUUUCAAGGAUGAGGGCGAAGACGAAAAGAGAUCCUCGGAGAAUCUCACCGAGGAGAAGAGCUCGCUCAUUGAUCUCACCGAGUCUGAGGAGAAGGGAUCGCUCGCGGGCGGCAGCUACUCGACAACGGGAAAGGCCUCCACGAGGUCCGACCUCAGUCCUGUCUUCGGAAAGGUGGACCCGACGCCGCACACCUCCUCGUUCAACAUGGGCUACCUUGUAUCGCCGUAUCCCUACCCCAACGGUGCCGGAGGACCUAUACCUGUCUCUAUGGCGAGUAAAAUGGGCCUUGCUGGUACCCAUCCGAGUGGAUUACCUGCGUUCUUCUGUCCAAAUGGUGAACACCUGACCCAACCACCGCCCGCACAUAUGGGAAUUCCGCCUUACGGAGCGCUGGACGCGGGCAAGGCGGCAGCGGCGGCUGGUGAGUACUGGCCACCAUCAUCCCACGGCUCACCCACACAUACCGCAAACUGGAAGCGACUUCUAGCAGCAGCAGCUUCCACAGGUCUGACCAGAGCACCAAUGUACCCAUUCUCCACAGGCCAAUAUCCGUACCCGAUGCUGAGCCCAGAAAUGACACAAGUAGCUGCGUCUUGGCACACACCGAGCAUGUAUCCCAUUUCACCGGCUAGUGCAGGCUUCAGGAGUCCAUAUCCCACGAGUUUACCCAUCACAAGUUCCAGCUUACCGAGCGAUCUCUAUCGGUUUUCACCGACUGGCCUGAUGCCACCUCAUCCUGGACUGAGUCCGCAUGCACAUGCGCUGGCAUCCCAUGCGCUCGUUUCAUCAGCACCGAAAGCGGAUCACUCAACCUUGGAUCACAAUCACAGGUCUUCGAUAGAUCAGAAAAACUCCACCUCGUUAGCGUCGGACAACACAAAAACACAGGACACUGGACAGCAGAAUAAUCAAGAUAAAAAGAAGCCUCAUAUAAAAAAGCCUUUAAACGCGUUUAUGCUGUACAUGAAGGAAAUGAGAGCAAAAGUUGUGGCAGAGUGUACCUUAAAAGAGAGUGCUGCGAUCAACCAAAUCCUCGGAAGGCGGUGGCAUUCGCUAAGCCGAGAGGAGCAGGCGCGGUAUUAUGAGGCUGCCAGGCAGGAGCGCCACCUUCACCAGCAACGAUAUCCCGGGUGGAGUGCCAGGGAUAACUACGGAUACGGCAGCAAGAAGAAGAAGAGGAAGAAAGAGCGAUCCGCAGAUCCCACCGGAGGUAACAACAUGAAGAAGUGUCGUGCUAGGUAUGGAUUAGACCAGCAAAGUCAAUGGUGUAAACCCUGCAGGCGUAAGAAGAAAUGUAUCAGAUACAUGGGGGAGGGAGGAGACGGUGAUGGUGAGGGUGACGUUGAGGGUGAUGACGAUCACUCAGAGGACAAUCUUGGCAGUGUGGGUGAGGCAGGGACACCCGAGGACGACGAGUCCCUGAGCAGUCCAGGUGGCCUCUCAGGAUUGUCUAGUCUAGCGAGUCCCUCUCUGGUGAUGCCAUCGCCAUCGAGUCUAGCAAGUCCUUGUCCCUGUCCCCUGACACCACCAGUGCCAAUAGCCCUGGCACAAACGUCAAAUCAACCCCAGGCUGGUCCACCCCAUCGCAAUCCCGUUGGCACAAAUCCACACGACAUCAACAAUCCAUUAAGCGUUAAUCAAUUGACUGGACAGUGUAUAAAGAGUGAAGUUGGACAGGGACCAUCUGGCCCAUCAAACUCCGCCAUCAGUGUUACGUAGCCCUGGCCAGCCCCAUGUGACAAGACUCUUAAAUUCAAUGUCAUCGGGGUUCACUUAUAUCUAUUCACAUUCGGAUUCACUGGGUGACCAUUUUUUUUUUUCAAUUACUGGCCAUUGUCCGAAUUAAUGUCUAAAUGUUAAUGAUCCAGGGGGAGAUUCGAAGAUUGUAAUCAUUCAUUAAUACUCAGGACCAAGUGUCUAGCUGUAAGUCACCCGAACUCAUGAUGCCAACGUGCAAUGGAAAGUGACUGAUCAUUUUAAACUUUUUUUUUUAUUUUAAAACACGAGUAAGUUAUUGCAUUGUGAAGUGCGAGUGACUUAGCUUGUAGUCCUUCAUAUGUGAAAGCAUUCGAUAGAAAAAUGUUGGGGGGAAUUGGGAAUGGUGGGCGAACUCUGGAGAUGUUUCGAGGAUGCUGGAAUUUAUUUGGGGAGAAUUGGGAAAUUUGAGGGAAUUAUAACGGAUUCGAACUCGAUUUAAUGGGAAAAUUUUUAUGGAGAAAGGUCUGUAAUUUUAUUCAAUUACUUGAUAUUUCAUGAAACAGGAAAA